ACUCGGGGUCUGCCCUGCAGGAGGUGAGCACGAACUGGGUUUUGCCAGCAGCAGCAAGAAGAGGAAAGCGACGCGCGUCACUCCAGCUUUUUUAGGUCUUGUGUUGCAGCGACGACAGAAACACAGAGCCGGCUGCGCUUGAGAGGGAUCGGCUGCUUACGUUGCUCUCCACAGUAUGACGUCACUCCUCAGCACUCAUGACUUUAUGUAUUGAAUUUGUAUCCCGCUAUUCCCCAACGUUCUGCUUUCCUUCAUGCUCUCUGAGUUGAAAACAAAAUCUGGAGGAAAGCUUCAAAAGCAAAUAUGCCAGGUUGUUCUCAGUCAUUUUGAGAAACAAUACUCCAAGGAGUUGGGAGAAGCAUGGAAUUCAGUCAGGAGAGUGAUCACAGAGCCCCAGUGUUGGCAAUAUGCUGUCCUCCUUAAUCCGUUCAGUUUUUCCUCUGAAGUGGAGAAUGACUUGCUUUCAAAGGGUUAUCGUCUCCUUUUCCCAGAAUCCUCAUCCUGUUUUCGGCCAUCAUUCAAGUGUUACAUCACUAGUGCUCCUGGUAGAUUCCCUGCUCAGAAACACAGAGCUGGUAGACUGAAGGAAUAUUAUCUACUGAAUGCAGCUUCUAUUCUGGCAGUGCUGGCCCUGGGUAUUGCAAGCGGGGAGAAGGUUUUGGACAUGUGUGCUGCUCCAGGGGGUAAAUCGAUAGCAACACUUCAGUAUGCUUGCCCAGGUCUUCUGCAAUCCAAUGAAUAUGAUAAUUUGAGGUCAAAUUGGCUGAGAAAUACGCUAGAAUCUUUCAUCCCAGAAUCUUUGAUGAAUCUAGUUAUCAUUUCUCAGUUGGAUGGAAGACAAAUUGGAAAUCUCCAACCUGAAAGAUUUGAUAAGGUACUAGUGGAUGCCCCAUGCUCAAAUGACAGAAGCUGGUUAUUCUCUACUGAUAUCCAGCAGGCUACCCUAAGGUUAGCACAGAGGAAAGAAUUAUCUGCUGUACAGAUACAGCUGCUAAGGUCUGCAAUCAAGGCCUUGCAUCCAGGAGGAUCUCUCGUUUAUUCCACAUGCACUCUUUCUAAGGCAGAGAACAGCGAUGUCAUAACUCACAUCCUUAACACCUGCAGCAAUGUUCUACCUAUGGAUAUAAGCACCAUAGCCAGAUCUGCAUCCAAAGAAUUCACUCUUGCUUCAGAUGUCCAGCAACAUGAACUUCUAAUACUUCCAGAAAUGGGAAGAGCAUGGGGCCCAAUGUACAUAGCUAAACUAAUGAAAGUUUGAUUCACACAGUUUCUUGUAUGGUUUUUGUAAGUCAUAUUGACUUUAUAGGAAAUAAAACCAUUAAUGCCAAAAAAUAAGGUUCGGGAGGCCAGUUCUCUAUUUAUUUAGCGAUUAACAUUUCACCUCAUACUGUUCACAGCAUAAUUUGUAAAAACAAGAAAUUUGUUUCUUUUGAAGGUUUUUUUUAUAAAAAAAACUAUUUUAAAAAAUCAAAAUUAAUUGAACACUC